CCAAUGACAAGGAGCAAACAGGCAGGGGGCCCCAACAACGCAAACAUCCAGCAGCCCAUCAUCUUGACCUCCCCAUAGUGAGUUGGGCUGAAAAUUCUCAACAACAAAUCAGAACUUGGAAAAGUGGGGCCUGGGGGUGUGUAAGUAUCACUCGAGGUGGUGUAGAAAGAAUUUCUGUAGAAAGAAACGUGUAGGCUGGAAUAAAAUUCACUCUUGAGAAAUGUUUCCUUUCAAGAAAAUGUUCCCGAAGAACCAGACGUGGGUCAGUGAGAUUGUUCUCUUGGGAUUUCAGAAUCUCCACAACUUCAAGGUUCCCCUGUUCUCUCUGUUCCUUCUGAUUUACAUUCUGACAGUUUGGGAGAACGUCCUCAUCAUAGUGUUGGUGGCCUUCAGCCGGAACCUCCACUCCCCCAUGUACUUCUUUCUCCAGCAGCUGUCCCUCACUGACCUUCUGGAGUCCUCAAAUAUUGUCCCCACCCUACUCCUAACUGUGAUUCAUAAUGGGGCCACAGUGUCUCUUGUUGGGUGUUUCAUGGAGUUUUAUUUGUUCUGUGUGCUGGAAGCCUUUGAGUGUUUGCUCCUAGCAGUAAUGGCCUAUGACAGAUACGUGGCCAUCUGCAUCCCCCUGAGAUAUACUUCUAUAAUGUCCCACAGGGUUUGUGUUACAUUCAUUCUCAUAUCAUGGACUGUCAGUCUCAGCUCCGCAUUGGUCACUGUCAAUCUGCUACGGACCCUACAGUUCUGUGACAAUAAAAACAUCAACCAUUUUUUCUGUGAUCUGGAUCCUGUUCUACAACUUUCUUGCUCAGAUACCUUCUUAGUGCAAAUAGAAGUUAUUUCAUUGUCUAUCCCAGUCAUCGUUUUCCCUGUCGUACUCAUCACUGUAUCAUAUAUGUGUAUUGCCCAUGCAAUCCUAAAGAUAGUGUCCCAUACCGGGAGGCAAAAAGCCUUCUCCACCUGCAGCUCCCACUUGGCCGUGGUCUCCAUGUUUUAUGGGACUCUCAUUGCUAUUUAUUUGGCUCCAUCCAGAAGAGAAACCAAGACCACAAGCAAAGUUCUCUCCCUGUUCUACACGGUAGUGAUUCCCAUGGGGAACCCACUGAUUUACAGCUUGAGGAACAAGGACAUCAAAGAAGCUUUUAAAAAGUUGGAGACACUCAAGCAUCAAAGGAGAUACCUUUAA